GGUAGUUUUAACUGGUAUAUAUAUCUUCGACCAAAACGGGAAUGUAGGAGAAAUUUUAGUUGGUUUCUUCUACCAAAAAGUGUAUGAGGAUUGGACGAGUGGUAACGUACUAACGUUUACAUGACUCAGCAUUGCAGUUGAUCUUCACUUCACCUCUUCGCUUCUUCUGAUCACUAAAACCCUAAUUUCUACAAUUUCAAAUGCAGCUUCGCUCCAAUCGUCUGCUCCCAGAGCCAUCCGUUGAUGAACUAAUGGAGCAACAAGAUUUGGUUGAUAGUGGCAUAGAAGACAAUGAUUGUGAAAGUGAUUCUGGAACAGUAAAGGUUUCUUCAAAAAGAACAAGACAAGUCAGUAAAAAGAAAAAGAGGAGUGAAGAGCCUGAUGUUGGAGUUGUACACACAAUUGAGCCAGAUUCCCAAAAAGUUUUUGGUGUUUGUGAUUUUGAGUUUGUUGAUCCGACUGAGAUGAUGAAGCGAAAGAAAAAAAAGAAGAAUGGGGAGGAGAAACCAGUAUUGAUAUGGGAGGUAUGGGAAGAAGAGCAUAAACAAUGGAUUGAUAAUUAUAUUGACAGAGAACAUGAUCUGGAUCAGCAGGACAAUGCAAGUGGUGAAAUGCAUGAAGAACCCUCCGAAUUACUUAAGCCAUUGUUGCGGUUUCAGAAGGAGUGGCUGUCUUGGGCUUUGAAACAAGAAGAAUCUGUGAUUAGAGGGGGGAUCCUUGCUGAUGAGAUGGGAAUGGGGAAGACAAUUCAAGCUAUUGCACUUGUGCUUGCUAAACGGGAAAUUCGUCGUGCAAUUAAUGGAGCCGAGGAAUCUCUGUCGUCACCUGGGUCAUCUUCUCAGUUGCCUCUAAUCAAUUCCACCCUUGUUAUCUGCCCUGUGUCUGCUCUACAUCAAUGGCUGAGGGAGAUUGAGCGAUUUACUUUAGCUGGUAGCACAAAGGCUCUGUGUUACCAAGGGCCCAAGAGAGCGAGGAAUUCUCUGCAGUUUUCUGAAUUUGAUUUUGUAAUAACCACCUAUAACACUAUAGAGGCUGAUUAUCGCAAAAUGAUGCCACCCAAGCAAAGGUGUAAAUGGUGUGGUAAGUGCUUUUAUGAACGUAAGAUGGCUGUUCAUCUCAAAUAUUAUUGUGGGCCUUAUGCAUCUAGAACAGAGAAGCAGUCUAAGCAAGACAAAAAGAAAAAGAAAUCCCAAUAUAAAAUGUUUGAAAAGUGUAGUGAAGUUGAUAUCAGUGGAAAAUAUGAUGAGCUAGCUCAAAAGGAGAAUCGUAAAGUGCACAAUCGAGUAAAAGAAUCGGAAACUCAAUCUGAAGAGGAGGAUGUUGGCGGUGUUGAAGUGAAUAUUUUAAAGUCUCCCUUGCACUCUGUAAAGUGGGAGCGUAUUGUAUUGGAUGAGGCUCACUCCAUCAAAGAUAGACAUAGUAAUACUGCUAGAUCAGUUUUUGCAUUGGAGUCUUCAUACAAGUGGGCUCUUAGUGGCACACCCCUUCAGAAUCGUGUUGGGGAAUUAUAUUCACUGGUUCGCUUUCUACAAAUUGCUCCAUACUCACAUUAUUUGUGCAAGGAUUGUGAUUGCAUGACACUUGACUACAUUUCUUCUAAAGAGUGUAAAAGCUGCACUCACAAUUCUGUUAGGCAUUUCUGCUGGUGGAACAGAAAUGUGGCAACACCAAUGCAAUUGCAUGGAAGCACUACAAGAGGACAACGUGCUAUGUUUUUGCUGAAGCAGAAAAUUCUUAGGAACAUUCUGCUGAGACGUACAAAAACUGGUCGAGCUUCAGAUCUUGCUCUUCCACCUAAAAUAUUGUCAUUGAGGCGAGAUUCCUUAGAUAUCAGAGAAGAGGAUUACUAUCAAUCACUGUACACUGAAAGUCAAGCCCAAUUUAACACAUAUGCUAACAAAGGCACCGUGAUGAAUAAUUAUGCUCAUAUUUUUGUGCUACUUACGCGUCUGCGGCAGGCUGUUGAUCAUCCAUAUCUUGUGGUAUAUUCUCGCGCCAAUAGUUCUCAGAGUGAAAGUGGGAUAGAAACUGAUAUUGCUGAACAAACUUGUGGCAUCUGUCAUGAUCCAAUCGAGGAUCCUGUGGUUACAUCAUGUGGACAUGUAUUUUGUAGAGUGUGCCUCAUCGAUUAUUCUUCUUCCCUGGGGCAAACUUCGUGCCCAUCCUGUUCAAAACCACUUACUGCUGAUUUUACUUCAAAUUCGAGUCGAGGCCAGAAAGCAAAAACCACUUUAGCAGGGUUUAGAAGUUCAAGCAUUUUGAACAGGGUACAUCUUGAUGAUUUUCAAACAAGCACAAAGAUUGAUGCAUUGAGGGAGGAAAUCAGAUUCAUGAUUGAGAGAGAUGGUUCUGCAAAAGGGAUCGUCUUCAGCCAGUUCACAUCAUUUUUGGAUUUAAUUAUGUAUUCUCUGAAAAAGUCUGGCAUAACUUGCGUCCUUUUGGAAGGAUCUAUGACCGUUGCUGCUAGGGAUAAUGCAAUUAAAAGAUUCCAUGAGGACUCUGGUUGCAGAAUUUUUCUCAUCAGCUUGAAAGCAGGAGGUGUUGCCCUCAAUCUUACAGUGGCUUCACAUGUUUUCUUGAUGGAUCCCUGGUGGAAUCCUGCUGCAGAGCGUCAAGCCAUGGAUAGGAUACAUCGAAUAGGGCAAUAUAAACCAAUAAGGAUUAUAAGAUUUGUAAUAGAGAAUACCAUAGAGGAAAGAAUUUUGAAGCUGCAAGAGAAGAAAGAACUAGUAUUUGAAGGGACUGUUGGAGGAUCGGCAGCCGCUCUGUCGAAAUUAACUGAAGCUGAUUUGAAAUUUCUCUUUGCCACUUAACAUGUGGGAAUCGGGGUGAAGAACGAAGCAGUAUAAGUUGUCUAUCUGUGCUUUGAUCAGCUUGAGGCCAUUGGAGACAGUAUUAAACAUAGAUGAAUGUAUAACUAGAUCUACUAAAUUGGGGCUUAGGAAGUAGAAGAAAUUAGAAAAUAUUAUGUUGUGAUUUCUCUUUUGCUCAUGAAUUUGUCGUGUACGCAAUGAUAACAUGAUGAAAUUUUGCCAUAUUUAUGGCUUUUAUUACCCUCUAUUUUGACCCUAUAUAUUAUCAUUUUGUUGUGUUUCAGUGAUUUUACGUCUUGGUAUUGUGUUGUCGCUUGGAGGUUUACGUAGGUACUUCUGACCUUGAAGAUCCUGUUGUGCCUAUAUUGAGCCAUCGAGCCUCGUAUCAGUAACCAACAAGCUUGAGCAUACAAAGCCAAGGGGUCCAAUGCCAAACCCAAGAAAAGCAUCUUCAAUCUAUGAAAUCCCAAGAAAAUCACUUGUUAUUUUUCUCUCCGAAAUUAAAAAUUGAUUCUCGUAAAUGUCCUUCACCUAAAUUACAUUCAACCUACUGAUUUGGCAAUGGCGUGUACUAGCUGUCUUCCUCCCUCUCCUUACAUCCAAAAUUAUGUUCAAUUUACGGAUGACUAAGGCUCCAUUAUUUUCACUCUGUUCUCCUCAAGAAAUACUCCAAGAAUGCUGGUAUCAAAGACUUUGAUUU